UGUGCUGUAGUGGAUGGUGUGAGUCAAAGAGCAGGUAUUGAUCCGUAUGUGUUGAUUUCCUGUACACUCCUUUCCUCUGAGUGUAGAUUCUGAAAACAGUGUCCAGAUGACUACGACUGAAACCUUUUCUACGAUAGAACACUCCUGGACGAAUGAGGGACCACACGUCUUAAGUAGCCUAUGUUUAAUCCCUUGACAGAUAAACAUAUUUACAUUGCCGUGAGUAUAAGCCAAUAUGCGCAUAUGAAAAACAUGAAGAAAGGCAUUUUCUAAAUGUAGGAUCUUCUGAUAUAUUAGACAUAUACAACUGAAUUUCAUCAAAGCAGAAAAUGAGCACUUCACUCUGCUCCUACAGCUCCCUUACGGCCUAUGAUGGUGCACAACGACUAAUAACCUGCGGUUCAGCCAUGUGAGAUGACAUUUAUUGAGCCAUAACACAAGUUAUGGCUCGUGCCUUGAGGCUUUGGUACGAAUUUUAACUGCAAAAAUAAUCAUGUUUGACUGUAUUUCCACGUUUGGUGUCUCGUGUCCUCCGCUGCAGUCUGAGAGUCAGGGCUGCAUGAAUGGACGGGCACGGACACCGCCCACUCCGCCCUAGCAGCCAAUAAAAACACGCUGCUGCACGGCUGACCUAUCACAAUAGAAGCCAGCGACCCCGUGGUCUCGCUGCCUGCCAAUCGUAGGAGGCGGACACGUGACGCAGCGCGGUCAGCUGUUCUUGUUUUGCUGCUGUCCCCCUUGUUUUCUGCCAGGGUUGGAGAACCGGCCUGUAAAAGAAUCCACUGAAACGGAACUGUGAUCCGUCUCCAGCAGAGAAACCCGCGCGCUCACCACCCGGGCCAAGGUCUUCGGCCGACAUCGAGUGAAGAGGUGCAGCCGAUCCCAGGCCUCCAAACCAGGGCGGAGGGAGGGAAGGAGGUCGCUGGGAAUCGGGAUGGAGACCGGAGAGGGUGCCGGCGGGCCUGGCGGAUCGGACGGACCGGGGCUCCGGUUUGGCUGCGCCUCCUUCAACCAAGACUCCACGUCACUGGCUUUGGGAACAAAGACUGGCUACAAGCUGUUUUCUUUGACCAUGGUGGAAAAACUGGACUGCAUCCAUGAGAGUGCAGAGGCUCCAGAUAUCUACAUCGUGGAGCGUCUGUUUUCCAGCAGUCUGGUAGUUGUGGUGAGCACCACCAUACCGCAGCGCAUGAACAUCUACCACUUUAAGAAAGGGACAGAGAUCUGCAACUACAGCUACCCGAACAACAUACUGGCUGUCAAGCUCAACAGACAGAGGCUCGUGGUGUGUCUUGAAGAGUCCAUUUAUAUCCACAACAUCAAAGACAUGAAGCUGCUCAAGACUCUGCUAAACACUCCGUCCAACCCCGCAGGUCUCUGUGCUCUCUCUAUCAACCAUUCCACCUCCUACCUGGCGUAUCCCGGCAGUACCACCAUGGGGGAGAUCAUAGUGUAUGAUGCCAACAAUUUGAACACAGUGACAAUGAUCGCGGCUCAUGACAGUCCUCUGGCAGCUCUCACCUUCAAUGCCUCGUCCACCAAACUUGCCAGUGCCUCAGAGAGGGGCACCGUCAUCCGAGUGUUCUCCAUUCCUGAGGGCCUGCGUCUGUUUGAGUUCCGCCGGGGUAUGAAGAGGUACGUCAAUAUAAGCUCCUUAUCCUUCAGCCCUGAUGGCCAGUUCCUCUGUGCAUCCAGCAAUACAGAAACGGUGCAUAUCUUUAAACUGGAGCAACUGGGACCAAGUGGAGGGGACGAGGCUGCCACCUGGACAGCCUACAUGGGGAAGAUGUUCUCAGCAGCCAGCAGCUACUUCCCUGCUCAGGUAUCCGGCAUGAUGAGCCAGGACCGGGCCUUCGCCACCGUUCACCUCCUCACGUCUGGCCAGAGGAACGUCUGCACCCUGGCCAUGAUCCAGAAACUCCUGCGGCUGCUGGUGGCCACAGCUGACGGCCAGCUGUUCAUCUACAAUGUGGAUCCACUGGAUGGAGGCGAGUGCAUGCUGGCCCACAAACACAGGCUUUUUGGUGUUGAUGAUGACCAGAGUGAAGGAACAGUGUCAGAAGGGUCGGAGGUCACAGGGCCAGCACAGGCUUGUCCAUCCUACGCUGCGACCGCUGCCUUACCAGCCUCUGGUCCCAUCACUGCAACCCUCACUGGCUACUCUGAAGAUGGUGGAGCAAAGAAAGGCGAAGUCAUUCCAGAACACGAGUUCGCUGCUGGACCUGUGUGUCUGGACGACGAGAACGAGUUUCCUCCUAUUAAUUGGUGCCGCGACGGGACUGGAGGUGGCCAGGCGAGGCGCUCAUGAGUGAGUAGAAGGACAGAUGGACAAACAGACAGACAGGCGCUGGCAAGUGAGAUGAACAGCAAAAAAAGUCUUUCAGGGUGCCAAGUUAUUUUUUCAGUUAGAGAGAAAAUAACAUGAAUUAACAUUAACAUUCAAGUUGACUUGGGAAAAAAAACACUGACCAAGAAGUAGAGGUCAUGUAGUAAUUUCAGAGAGAACCAUAAUCUGGUCCUCAUGUUACAUAAUAAUUGUGUUAAAGGUACACUUCUGAUUUUGUCACAGCACCAGUAGUACCUCUAAACGUCCUUCCAGUUCACUGUUGAGUUUCAAAACAUCGACUGUGAAGUGAGAGGAAAUUUCUGAACUUGUAGAUGCUGUUGGCCACAAAAAAUCAGGGAGUUUAUCUUUAAGGAGUGUUUUAUGAAAGUAUGAGGUGCAUGCUGGAGCAGAAAUAUAUAACCACAAUUUUUAUAGCUUUAUUACUUGACAUAAUUUGCAUUAUUGUAGCAAUAUUUUUAUUUUUCUCAUUAAUAAUAUCUUAGUUUACAUCCAUGAUAAAAAAAUUUAAUUAUUUUAAUUUUUAUUGUGUAUUGUAAUUUACUGCAUUGACAUGUAUGAAAUGUUUCUGUGUAUGCAUCCUGAAUGCAUUUCAGAAGGUGUGUAUGUACGGUUUGUGUGUGCCUAUUAUCAUUUGUAAAAGUAUUUUGCUAAUUGCACAAGACCAAAACAAGUGAAAGAAACAAAGAAAUAAACACAUAGAUUGGAGUAAGAAUGAACCUA